AUGUUCAACUCCAGCACCAACUCCUCAGGGAACAACUGCAGCCACAGCACGGUGAUUACCACCACAGUCAUCCCUCUGCUCUACUGCCUCAUCUUCCUCGCUGGGCUCUCCCUCAAUGCCCUGGCAGCCUGGGUCUUCCUCCACGUUCCCAGCACUAAGAGUUUCAUUGUCUAUCUCAAGAACAUCGCCGUGGCCGACCUCCUCAUGAGCCUGACGUUUCCUUUCAAAAUCCUUGCUGAUUCUGAAAUUGCACCCCCAGAGCUGAACCUGUUCGUGUGCAGAUACUCAGCAGUUGUGUUCUACAUGAACAUGUACAUUGGGAUCUCCUUCUUCGGCCUCAUAGGGUUUGACAGAUACUACAAAAUUGUAAAGCCUUUGUUCACCUCCUUUGUUCACACAGUUAACUACAGCAAGGUGGUCUCUGUAAUCAUAUGGCUGUUGUUAAUGGUUAUGUCAUUUCCAAAUAUGAUUUUAACUAAUGAAAUCACUAAAGACUAUUACUCCAGAAAAUGUAUAGGUCUCAAAAGCGAGCUUGGCAGACAGUGGCACAAAGCAACAACCUAUAUUUGCACAGGGAUUUUCUGGAUUGUUUUCUUCCUGUUAAUUGUAUUUUACACUUCUAUAUCCAAAAAAAUAUACAGCUCUUACAAAAAAUUCCGGAGGAACUCAGACAUGGCCAAGAGAAAAACCAGCCGGAACAUAUUCACCAUCAUGUUUGUGUUUGUCAUUUGCUUUGUGCCCUACCACCUCUGCAGGACCCCCUACACCCUGAGUCAGAUCAGCUCCCACUUCACCUGCCAGUCCCAAAAAUCACUGUUCUACGCCAAGGAGUUCACUCUGGUGCUGUCUGCUGCAAACGUCUGCCUCGACCCUAUUAUUUAUUUCUUCCUCUGCCUCCCCUUCAGAGAAAAGUUGUAUCAAAAACUGCAUCUCAAGCUGAAAGCUUCAAGUGAGCUUGAAAUUUCUAAAUCCAGAAGAUCAAAUACGCUUCGGGAAAGUAUAAACAUAGUGUAG